AUGGCAGCAAUGGCAGAUUUCAACAACGUCCAUUCAGUGACUGAAAUGCCAGAAGGAGACAGUGCUAAACCUGGUUUCCAUCACAGGAUGUUCCUGGAGCCCCAAGAGAAGAAGAGGAGCGUGAAGGCUCUGGUGGUUAAGCAAGCAAAGAAAACUUGCAGCUGUACCCCAGCCAAAGUUAAAGACUAUGUUUUCAGUUUCUUUCCUGUCUUGCAAUGGCUUCCUAGAUACAAACUAAGAGAGUACCUAUUGGGAGAUUUCAUGUCUGGUGUGAUUGUGGGAGUCUUACUAGUCCCACAGUCAAUUGCAUAUUCUCUCUUGGCUGGACAGGAGCCUGUUUAUGGCCUUUAUACAUCCUUUUUCGCUAGCAUUAUUUAUUUCAUAUUUGGAACCUCCCGCCACAUCUCCGUUGGCAUCUUUGGUGUGAUUUGCCUGAUGGUGGGACAAGUGGUAGAUCGUGAAAUCCAGAGAGCUGGCUAUGACUUGGAGCCAGCUGCACUCAGUGUCCUCACAGAUACAGCAGUGAAUGUGAACACCACCCUUUCGCCUGCGAAUGAGACAUCGCAGAAGCUGCUCUGUGAUAAAAGCUGCUAUGCAAUUACAGUGGGAGUCACAUUGACCUUCAUAGCUGGAGUUUAUCAGGUGGCCAUGGGUUUCUUUCAAGUGGGCUUUGUCUCAGUGUACCUCUCGGAUUCCUUGCUGAGUGGAUUUGUCACAGGUGCCUCCUUUACCGUCCUAACCUCACAAGCCAAGUAUCUCCUGGGACUGGACAUUCCACGGAGCAGUGGCAUCGGCUCCCUCAUAGCCACGUGGAUAAACAUCUUCAGAAAUAUACGCAAGACCAACAUCUGUGAUCUGAUCACCAGCUGCUUGUGCUUUCUUGUGCUUAUCCCAGGCAAAGAGCUUAAUGAACACUUUAAAUCCAGGCUCAAGGCUCCAAUACCAGUUGAACUAGUCGUGAUUGUGGCAGCUACUCUGGCCUCUCACUUUGGGAAGCUGAGAGAGACUUAUGGCUCGAGCAUUGCUGGACACAUCCCAACUGGGUUUCUGCCACCACGCCCUCCAGACUGGAACCUGAUUCCUAACGUGGCUUUGGAUGCUAUCCCCAUAGCUAUAAUUGGCUUUGCCAUCACUGUUUCCCUCUCGGAGAUGUUUGCCAAGAAGCAUGGUUACUCUGUGAAGGCUAACCAGGAAAUGUAUGCCAUUGGCUUCUGCAACAUCAUUCCCUCUUUCUUCCAUUGCUUCACAACAAGCGCAGCUCUUGCCAAGACUCUUGUCAAAGAGUCCACAGGCUGUAGGACACAAAUGUCUGGCUUUGUGACUAGUUUGGUAAUCCUAUUAGUCCUCCUUGUGAUUGCGCCUUUAUUUUAUUCUCUUCAGAAAUGUGUCCUUGCUGUCAUAACCAUUGUAAACCUCAGAGGAGCCCUGCGGAAGUUCAAGGACCUGCCAAAAAUGUGGCAUUUGAGCAGAGUGGACACGGUGAUCUGGCUGGUUACGAUGGCAGCAUCAGCACUCCUCAGUACUGAGAUCGGUCUUUUGGUCGGUGUUUGCUUCUCUAUGCUCUGCGUCAUUUUCCGAACUCAGAGACCUGAGGCACCGCUGCUUGGCUGGGUGGCGGAGUCUGAGACGUAUGAAUCCCUGUCUGCUUACAAGAACUUGCAAACCAAGCCGGGAAUCGUGGUGUUUCGUUUCGAAGCACCCCUCUACUACAUCAACAAAGAGUGCUUUAAAUCCACCCUGUACAAGCAGACCGGGGUCAACCCAGUCUGGGUGAAGGCAGCAAAGAAAAAGGCAGCGAAAAGAAUGCUUAGAGAGAAAGAGGUGGAUUCUGAUGGCAACCAGGCCAGCAUCUCCAUGGGUUUUGUCUCUGAACCCCUAGGUUUUCACACAAUAGUGAUUGACUGUUGUGCAGUGCAGUUUCUGGACACGGCAGGAAUACGCACGCUCAAGGAGGUCUGCAAGGACUACAGGGAGAUAGAUGUCCAGGUGCUGCUGGCCCAGUGCAAUCCUUCGGUGAGGAGCUCCCUGAGCCGAGGAGAAUUCUUUAAAGAGGGGGAGGACCACCUCCUCUUCCACAGCGUGCACCAGGCUGUGGACUUUGCACUGGGCGCACAGGGGCGCAGCAGGAGCAGCGCCUCUAUGAACUAG